GAAUGUCACCAGAAUGCGAUUCUGUCUCUGGCAGGAACUUGAGGUCGCGUAAUACUGUAAAUGUAGGGUUUGCACAGCCACCCAGCUUCCGCAUUAGCCCAAGUUUGUCAGAGGAGUGUGUUCUCCAGUUCCCCAUUGCUUAAUCACGCAAGACUCCGGAUACCCCACCAGUCAUUAGACCGUCAAUAAGAGUCACCACAAGAUAGGCCACAGGGGCUUCCAAUUCAGCCUCAGCUGGGAAGCCGCCCGCUGGAGAAACAAAAGCAUCCGGAGAGAGACAGAAGCUUUCCAGACUCCCAACCUAUCGAAGCAAUCCCUCGGCACAACACAACACACACUCCAACCCUUCUCAACCCAACAACCUCGUAUCAGCAAUGGCUCUGAAGCGCAUUAACAAGGAAUUGCAGGACCUUGGACGAGACCCGCCCUCUUCCUGCAGUGCUGGUCCUGCGGGUGAAGAUCUUUUCCACUGGCAAGCGACUAUUAUGGGACCUGGUGACUCUCCAUACAGCGGAGGUGUAUUCUUCCUGUCGAUUCACUUUCCAACGGACUACCCAUUCAAGCCUCCAAAGGUCAAUUUUACUACAAGGAUCUAUCAUCCAAACAUUAACAGCAAUGGAAGCAUUUGUCUUGAUAUUCUGAGAGAUCAAUGGUCACCAGCACUGACUAUAUCCAAAGUGCUGUUGUCGAUUUGCUCGAUGUUGACGGACCCCAAUCCUGACGAUCCGUUGGUGCCUGAGAUCGCUCACGUGUACAAGACUGAUCGCGCACGUUACGAGUCCACCGCCAGGGAAUGGACACGAAAGUAUGCCAUGUAGUCGAGAGUUCACCUAGCACACAGUUUCGUUGCCGGAUUCCCCCACCCAUUUUACGCUCGCUCGGUUCUUUUUGUCCGUGUAGUAUGAAAUAUGAUCAUGGCCAGAUAUCUAUUCCCCUUUCUCUGCAUUUGGAUCUGUUUGGUGGGAACUUUCGUGGCCUGCCUUUGUUGCUUAGUCGUCUGACGCUGUGUCAAACGCUCUCCACAUAAUGUUCAAUUAUGUGUGAUAAUUUCAUAUGUUUCGCGAU